AUGGAAUCGGUUGGUAUUUCCAAUAUUGUUUCUGAUCGUCAAGGACAUCUCUUUUAUACUAUCUCAUGGGCAGGUGAUACAAUCGUUACAGCGAAAAUUUGUCGUGUGACAAAUGCUCAAACAUCACAUCCUCUUCAAAAAUGUGUCGGAAAUUUUCAAUUGUUUGUGGACAUCAAAACACUAUUAGCUCUUAAUGAAGAAUAUGAUCUUCUAAUUACAUCUGUCAAAGGUAAUGAAAUUGAAUUGGUCCCAGCUGUUUUAAACAAAACAACUUUGGACUUGUUGUGGGUGAAUAGACAUUUCUUCGGUGCUGGAAUACAUGGAAACUAUAGAUGGGAUUUAAACAUGGGUAACAUAUUUUGGAUAGGUGGUGAUGAUCAUCUAUUGAAAUUUGAUCAAAAAGGAGAAAAUCAAAUCAAUAAUGUUACACAGUUAGGGAGCUUUGGUCGAGACUUUGUUCUAGAUAGACAACAGCAAAUUAUUGUGAGACCAUGGCAAAAUAUGUCUAGUUCACCGUCGAAAUUUCUUGUUUCAUCACAUGAUGUAUCAAUACAACAGAUAAAAUUACGUUGGAAUUGGGUUGCACCUCCAGAAAUUGCUAGCAAUGCCGAUAUAACACCACCUACUAUAGAUGAGAAUGGUACAGUUUAUAUGUCCAGUAUGCCACUGGCAUUUGCUAUCGACAGUCGAGGAAAAACAUUAUGGACAAGUGAAUUGGCAACAUCAAGUGAAAUGAAAAAAUUCGAAUUAGCUUCCUUUUGUAUUACAAUGAAUUCGAAACGACGAAUUGUUUAUAUUGUAUCUGGUUCAUCAUAUUCACACAAAUCCAAUAUCUUGUAUUUCAUCACAGCAAUUCACAUGGAUACUGGAAAGAUAAUCAAACGCAUUGAUUUAAAUCUGGGAAAUGAUAAUGGUAUCAUACCGAAAUGUCCAGUUUUAAUUGGUGAUGAAAUGUUUUACUUUUCUUGGUUAACAGGACAAUAUCCACAAUUAGUACCUUUCAAAGUCAUUGGCAUUCAACAACUUUAA